UUUUAAAUAAAUUAAAUUUCAAAAUUUGCAGUAAUUCAAAAUGGCUAUCUUGAAAGACGACACUUCAUACACCCAUGUAAUCGCUAUUGACUUCGGAACUGGCGCAAGUGGGUACGGUAUUGCCCCGAUGCUUGUGGAAGCCGGCCAAAAGCCAAGGAUAGAAGUCUUUAAUCCUUGUGAUGACCUGGAUGACCAGAAGACUUCUACAGCAAUUCUUUUUGACGAUGAGGGCAAUUUCUUGGCUUUUGGAACCCAUGCUUUGCAGAGGUAUGCAGAAAUUCUUGAUGAUGAAGAGUCAGCACUUUUGUUCCAGAGUUAUAAAAUGCAUCUUCUACAUAUGGAUGAGAAUGCUGUCUCGUUGGAUGCAAGAGAGUUACCGCUAAUGAAGGUCAUUUCAGAAUCAUUAAAGUACAUUGCAGAUAAGGCAGUUGAAAAGCUAACUGAGCAGAUCGGCAAGGUAAUAAAUUCUAAAAUUAGGUGGGUUCUGACAGUCCCAGCUCUCUGGGGUGAGGACCACAAGCAGUUCAUGAGGAAGGCAGCUAUGAACGCUGGUAUUAUCGACAGUUUAAAUUCUCCCAACUUGUUGCUUUCACUUGAGCCUGAAGGCGCAUCCAUCCAGUGUAGAGAAGAUGCUGAAGAGAAUAUUAGAAAUAGUCUUGAUAAAGACAAAAUCGUUAUGGUUCUUGACUGUGGAGGUGGAACUGUUGACAUCACGGUCCAUAAGCUCAUGUGUGAGCCUGAAGAGAACUUCUUGUGUGAAGAGUUCCUCCCCUCUAGUGGUGGCUGUGAAUGGGGGUCAAAGUAUGUGGACGCACACUUUGAAAAAUUCCUAGAAAAACUCUUUGGCGAAGAGCUAUACGCUGAUUAUAAACGGAAUGCUUUAGCAAGGCUUGAGAUUUUGAAGCAUUUUGAAAUGCUGAAAAGAAAAUUCAACCCAGGGAAAGAGGAAAGAUCUCGACUCCAGUUGUCUUAUUUAGGGGAUGACCUCAGCUCUUCGAGGCUGAAGGAGUUGAUUGAGGAGUGGAACAGCAAUAUUCCUGACCCAUUGAUACAGCUUAAGAAAAGAGGAGCCAGUGGGAUUGACAUUCCACCAACUCUCAUGAAGUCCUUCUUUGAACCUCUAUUCGAGAAAAUUACUGAAAAAGUGAACGAGCUAAUGCAGGAAUCAGUAAGUAGUAAGGGAGAAGAGAUAAAUUUCAUUUUCAUGGUUGGAGGGUUCUCUGAGUCUCCGUAUCUCAAAGCAGUCAUUAAAGAGACUUUCGAGAGGGAGGACCUCCACAUUCUCGUGCCAAGGAGGCCUCAGGUCUCUGUUAUUAGGGGAGCAUGCUUGUUUGGUAUUAAUCCAAGAUCUAUUACCUCCAGAAUCUCUAAGAAGACCUAUGGAAUCAACACUUUGACCACUUUUGAUCCAGAGAAACAUCCUGAGGAGAAGAAAGUGAUUAUUGAGGGCGAGGAGUUCUGAGAAGAUGUCUUUGAUGCCUUUGUUAAGAAGGAUCAUUCUGUAGGAAUCGACGAGGUACAUGUCAAAACUUAUUGCCCAGUCAGAGCUAGGCAAACCGUCAUGAGAAUUAUUUUCUACUGAACAGAGCAGGAAGAUGUGCUUUUUAUUGAUGAUGAACAUGUUGAACAGUUAGGAGAGCUCUCUAUUGAUAUUGGAAGACCAUUCCAAAGUGUGGAGGAUAAGACAGUCAAAGUCACUUUAGUAUUCGGAGCAACCAACAUUUCAGCAACUGCAACUAACUUUGAAGGAACAGAAUUACGUAAUUGAGAUUUUAAAUUUGAGUCUUCUUAA